AUGAGUCAAAUCAUUGAUAAAAUCUUCAAAAAAAAGAAGGCUCAAGUAAAGAAUUAGCCAUAAAAUAAUACAUUUAAGCUAAUAAAAAGCAAAUUAAUCAAGAAGAUAAACAUUUAUUAGCUUUACAAAGACAUAAUAGAGCUAAAAAUGGCUAUUAGAUUGUUAAUGUCACCAGAAUAAUAUGCUGCUAUGUAGUUUUGUGGCUGCUAGAUGAAUCUCAGAAUACAUUCUGACUAAAAUGUCUUAUCCGAUCCAAAUAAAAAAUUUGAAGAAUAAGUAAAAGAAAAUUUGUAGGAUAAUCAAAAAAGAAAAACGCCUUUGCCUUAAAACUAAGACUUAGAAGAUCACGUUAAUGAAUAAAUUAUGAAUAUGUUAAAUUAUAAAGAAAGUAAGGCACAAACAAUAAAAACUAAUAAGUAAGCACACACAAUUUUCAAUAGAGAUAAAAAUAUGUCUGAUUUUGAUGAGGUAUUUCAAGAGGCAGAAGAUACUUCCACUCAUAGAGAAAAUAAUUUAAUUGAAAAACAUGAUUAAAUUUAAUAUUAAGCAUCUCUAUAAAAAAUUUAAACCAAUACUCAAAAUCACUUACAAGUAAUUGAGGAUAUGCUAAGUAAUGCUGAUAAUUUAUUUUUAUUCUUAAAAAAAUUUAUUGAAAAAUUUAAUGACCCAAAAUAAAAAUUAUCGCAGACUGACACUAAUAUUUACUCAUCAUUGAUUGGAUUAAAUUAAAAUAUUUUAAUACAAUAAGAAAUAUGA